AUGCACCAGAUCAGAACAGGAGAGCUGGUUGAUCUUUCGGUGCAGCAAGUAGUUGACUGCUCCGCCAGACCUAACAUGCGAGGAGCAUUCAAAUGCGUACUAAAAAAUGGAGGUAUCGCGACGGCAUCGACGUAUCCCUAUGUCGGAAAUCGCGGGGAAUGUGAUACAAGAAGAGCUGCGAGGAUCGCAGCAUCAAUUGAUGGAUAUUCAGUUGUGAUGUGGAGUGACGAGUCCGCCCUUAUGCGAAAGGUUGCAAAUGGUCCUGUUGCUUGCGGCAUAUCAUGUACCCCGGAGUUUGACGCAUAUGCUGGUGGUGUCCUUAAGGCUUCUGCCCCAAAUACGCUAGAUCAUGCCGUUUUAGUUGUUGGAUACGGCACCGACAGAGAUGAGGGUGACUAUUGGAUAAUUAAGAAUUCAUGGGGCACAGGCUGGGGAGAGAAUGGAUACGCACGCAUUCAGCGUGGCGUCCCAUUCGUUGGAGGUCCAUUUGGUCUUGCUCAACUUAUAAUGUUUCCAUAUUUACGGAGGCCGAGUUCGGAGACGGUCUGCUCUACGUCGACGGGGAGUUCAAAGAAACGGAAGCGUGACACGAAGUUCAAAGAAUAG